UUGGAAAAUGCCAAAGCUUCGAAAUCAACACGUUGGAAUCAUGGUAAUUUUAACAAUGCGGAAAUUACAAUUAUGAAUUUUACUAUUGUAGAAAAUUUGGGUCAAAUUGAUAAAACAAAGUACAAAAUUGGCGUUGCUAAUCUGAACAAUGAUAAUUUACAAGUAAUUCCGCUUGAAAAAAUAAGUGAGAGCAUUCUUCCGAGAAGAUUUCGGACUAGUGGUUAUUUGAAGAGCGAUUUCUCGCUUCUAAAUUUAGGAGAUUUAGGACCCAAGAAGCCGUGUUGCUCUAUUACAGACGGUGUACAUAAACUAGACGUUUCUAUUAAUUUUUUUGGACCUGGUAAAUUAAAAAGAGGAGAUCCGGUUGUCAUUUCAGGCAUUCCAUCCAUAAUGGGUAACACGGUACAUUUCUUAAUUAAGUCUAUGGGUGACAUUAAAAAAGUCGAAGGAGAGACCAAACCGUUAAAUUGGUUGCUGAAAGGCGCAAAGCUCCUAACCAUAGGAGUUCAUACAAAUAAGAAACAAAAAGUAUAAAAGUAUAAGUUCUUUAUCUAUUAUUAUUGAAUUCGGGUCCAUGCUUGUUAAUUAAUUAAUAAAUAUCAGGUUGAUCAGACCAAAAACGCAAUGUUGACAAUUAUUUCACACUUUAUUGCAACGUUUCGUCGGAAAUCCCGACUU